AAGGCUUGUGUUUGCAUAAUCGACACACUGACUCCAUUUUUAGAAUGGCAGUUUCACUGAAAAUGUACCUAUAAAAAGGUGAGGACUCCCCAAGAAAAGUAUCAGUUUGUGAAGAAUUAAGUGACAAACAUGAAGCUGACAAUUGCUACAGUUCUAGCGAGCAUCCUGCUUAUUGGCUUCGCUAAUGUUGCCAACUGUUCGGAUUGUGGAUGCCCAACCAAGGCCACAACUACCUGUGCGCCACCCACGAAACCUACAUGCAAAUCUACUUCCACCACAACCACAACUACAACCACAACCACAACCACAACCACAACUACCCGUGCGCCACCCACGAAACCUACAUGCAAAUCUACUUCCACCACAACCACAACUACCCGUGCGCCACCCACAACUACUUGCAAAACAAGUACUACAACUACCACCACACACAAACCCACCACACAUUCGACCCCCAAAACAAAACCCACCAAACAUACAACCCCCAAAACAAAACCCACCAAACAUACAACCCCCAAAACAAAACCCACCAAACAUACAACCCCCACAACCACAACCACCACCACACCUAAGCCGUGUGGUUGCAAGAGCUGCGGUCCUGGAGGCGAGCCUUGCAAAGGAUGUGGUAAGAGGAGUGCACUGUGCCAGGAUCUCAACGGCUUACUCCGCAAUCUGGAGCGGCAGGUCCGUCAAUGCGUCUGCGGCCAACCGGAUUGGUUGCUGUGAAGCGUCGAAGGAGCGCUUCACCCACUCCCGUACUAAUCGAUGUGACUGCACCCCAGCGAAAUGCAUUUUGUGGGGGAGCUCGGCCAGGACUUUGACUCCGCUUUGUUUUUGUUAUCAUCAAUUGAUUUGACGUGUUAGAAUUGAUAAAAUUAGUUAGACUGCAUACAUUUUAAAA